UAUUCCGUUUUUCAAUCUCAUUUCGAACACAUCUUUCAUAACAUAUAUAACAGGCUAAAGGAAAAGUGAUCAUUAAACCCCAUUGGAAUAUUAUCAACUGUUUGAUUUGAAGAACAGAAUGACAUAGACCUUCAGAACCUGUGGUAGAGUCCUCCUCUUCCUGCCAACGUUCAAGUGUAGGAUGUAGCAAGACGUGGCUAGCACAUUGCUAGCGAAGGUACAACGUUUUUAAACAUUUGUAAACCUGACAAGGACCUGUUUUGCUUCAUGCCUAAGAGGUUGUGGGUAGUGUACCAUGGGGUACGAUGUUACGAGGUUCCAGGGUGAGGUGGAUGAAGACCUCCUCUGUCCUAUUUGCAGUGGAGUGUUGGAAGAACCAGUGCAGGCUCCACACUGUGAACAUGCCUUCUGUAAUGCCUGUAUAACACAGUGGUUUGCCCAGCAGCAGAUCUGUCCUGUUGACAGGACAGUGGUGACACUAGCUCAUCUCCGGCCUGUGCCCCGGAUCAUGCGCAACAUGCUGUCCAAACUUCAGAUCAACUGCGACAAUGCCAGUUAUGGCUGCACAGCUACGCUGAGGUUGGACCAGCUACAGUCUCAUCUCAAAGACUGUGAGCACAACCCCAAAAGGCCUGUCAACUGUGAGGAAGGAUGUGGCCUUGAAAUGCCGAAGGAUGAGCUUCCCAGCCACAACUGCAUCAAACACUUGCGGAGCGUCGUCCAACAGCAACAAACUAAGAUUUCCGAGCUGGAGAAAAAUGUGGCGGAGCAUAAACAUCAGUUAGGGGAACAAAAACGUGACAUUCAGCUGCUCAAAGCCUACAUGAGAGCCAUCUGCAGUGCAAAUCCCAACUUGCAAAACCUCGAGGAGAGCAUCGAGUACAACGAGAUCCUGGAGUGGGUGAACUCCAUGCAGCCUGCCAGGGUGACUCGCUGGGGGGGCAUGAUCUCCACGCCGGACGCUGUGCUCCAAGCUGUCAUCAAACGCUCGCUCAUCGACAGCGGCUGCCCCCUCUCAAUUGUGAACGACUUGAUCGAGAAUGCCCACGAGCGAAACUGGCCUCAGGGACUGGCCACUCUCGAAACGCGGCAGAUGAACAGGCGCUACUACGAGAACUAUGUUGCCAAGCGGAUUCCUGGCAAGCAGGCAGUGGUGGUGAUGGCCUGUGAAAAUCAGCAUAUGGGGGAGGAUAAAAUACUGGAGCCCGGCCUGGUUAUGAUCUUUGCCCACGGAGUGGAGGAGAUCUUAUAACUUUAUCACAAGUUGAGCUCUUCCAGAGACAAGUUGCUCUUUUCACUGUAGCGUGGAAAAGGUCUUUUCUGUUUUGUUUUCUUCUUUGAAGUGAAACCUGGAAUAAAUCUGGCUUCUUAAAAAUAAACUCUUAGGCUCACUCUUGAGUUUACUAUCUAUGCCUUAAAAUAAGGACAAAUACUUUAUGAACCUGGCAAAUAUAAACAAAAUCUGACAUGGAUGUAUAAGGUUAAAAGUGAGAUGUUUACAACGUUUAUAUUUAGUGCAUUAUAUGAAGAUUGUUCUGCUCUUGAAGGGAUUUUUUUUCCUUACUUGUGAUGUGUGGAGUACCUAUGAGCAUUUCGUGUUUACCUGAUCAUCCUUAUGAACAGUAUGUUUUUAGGUUGAUUUUAAAAAGAGAACCACAUUUAUUCACAGCUAAACGCUAAGCAGAAAUGUUUGUCCAUCCAGUUUUCUCUUCAGAUCGAGUUAUUUCUGAUGCUGAGAAAAUGUUUUUCUCAUGAUUGUCACACUGGCCUGCAGGUUGGACGGUAUCUGCUCAGACGUACUUCACAGCUGCUUUUCCAGGGAGUUUUAAAAAGGAAAAAAAAUCCUUUUUUUUCAAAAAUGGUAAAGCUUGAACCCCAUUUAAUGCCCUCUCUUGUACAAAUUGCUUGUAAAUACAAAUACUAUGUAGAAUUCUAAUUGUUCCACUCAUCACUGUAAUUAUAAUUGUAAUUUUAUGUCGGCUGUGAGCUGAUGUUACCGUUUGCAGGCAACUCUGUGAUUUUCGCUGUUUUUCCACUAGACGUUGUGCUUCUUACUUUAGAUUGUUCAGACCUUCUGUGCCAUUUGUUUUAUUUAUUGCGUUGCCUUUUUUGCAAAAAAGGUUUAAAGGUGUUAUUUGUUUUUUUUUUUUUUAAAAAGGCGCCUUUUGGAGUGAACCUAUAGGCCUGAGGAUGAACGGAUUUGUGUUUCCUUUUGAUGCCUCGGUUGUACAUAUCUGUAUUUUGGAUCCAGUUGAAGUGUUAAAUCUUAAGUCCUAAUAUAUGAAAUCUUAUUAGAUAUCAGUUCAAUUUAAGUCAAUAAUUCACUCUUAUGCUAAGUCAUCCAUGUAUUUUCAAUUAUUAAAAUGUAGGUAUAAGUACUGUCAUUUACGGAAAGCAUAUUUUUAGUCACAUGUACGAAUGAAAGAUUGUAGACAUAUUGUUAAAAUCACUCAUUUGAGAAGAAAAAUGCUUUUCAUUAGUCCUUUAUUGCUGUAGUAUUACAAAACUACAACCAAUGGCUUAUAAAUCUUCAAUAUAAAACUGUUCUUUGUUAUUUUCCAUGUCAGUGUUUUGUUUUUGUCUGUUAUGUACUGUUUUACAGGCUAAAUGUAAUAAAAGUUCAAACAUUUU